CGCGGUGGGGCGGCGCGCGGGUACGUUAACGGUCGCCGCGCCCGUUGAUGCUGCGCCACCGCCGUUGGGGGCGGGGGGCGAGCUGAGGUGAAGGAAUUAGUAGGGGAAAAGCUUGCUCUUUAUGAAAUAUUUACAAAGCAUUAAGAAUUGAGUCAGUAAAGACAACCAAAAGCUAAUGUCUUCAGAAAUGCCAGCAGAGAGUCCAGAGGUUCCAACAGAAAGCACUGUGCCUGCAGAGGUUCCUGAUGUGCAAGGAAAGGUGAAGUCAAACGAUGGUCAAGUAGAAAGACAGGAGGCAAGCUCAGACAAGGCACAAUGUCUUGAACCCAUGUCCAAGAGGCAAAGGAAGAAACUGAUGAAGCAGAAACAGUGGGAAGAACAGAAAGACCUACGCAGGCAGAAACGAAAAGAAAAACGCCAGAAGAGAAAAUUAGAACGUCAGUCAAAAUUGGACCCUAAUAAUGAUGGGAAUGACAGAAAGCGUAUGCGAAAGGAAGUGGUUCCUAGUACGCUUCGCCUCAUUGUCGACUGCAGCUUUGAUGACUUGAUGGUGCUAAAGGAUGUUAAGAAGCUUCACAAGCAAAUUCAGAGAUGUUAUGCAGAAAACCGCAAAGCAUUUCAUCCUGUGCAGUUUUACUUGACCAGCCAUGGGGGACAGUUGAAGAACAACAUGAAUGAAAAUGACAAAGGAUGGGUGAACUGGAAGGAUAUCCAAAUUAGAACAGAGCACUAUAGCGAGCUAAUAAAGAAAGAAGACCUAGUAUAUCUCACCUCAGAUUCCCCAGAUGUUCUCAGUGAGCUGGAUGAGAAGAAAGCCUACGUAAUUGGAGGUCUGGUGGAUCACAAUCACCACAAGGGAAUUACUUACAGAAGAGCAGUAGAGUUAGGAAUUGGUCAUGCACAACUCCCUCUUGGAAACUUUGUGAAAAUGAACAGUCGGAAAGUGUUAGCAGUCAACCAUGUGUUUGAGAUCAUCCUUGCAUACCUGGAGAAGAGAGACUGGAAGGAGGCUUUUUUCAGUGUCUUGCCACAACGGAAAGGGGCUGUUCCUUUGGGAGAAGCCAAUGAUUCAUCCAAACAUUCUCCAUCUGAAAAAGAAGAUGGAGACACUGACUUGGAGAGCAACUAGGCUUCAGGAUGAGAUGAGAAAAAUGAGAUACGCUGUUCACGGAAUAAAGUUGGGACACAAAGUAGUUAAACCCUGAAGACUGUCUGCUGCCCUUGUGAUACUGAAUUGUCUCAGUGCUUAGCAGUUACAUAAUGGCCCAGAACUGUUGAUGGACAGAAAGGGUAAAGAUAAAUGCUACUUUUACCCUGAGACUUCAAUAUGAGUAGCUUUUUUAAAAAAUAAAUUAAUGGCAGAAAUUA